UUUAAAUCUCAUAGUUGCAUUGUCAUUAUAAGCGAGUGAAACAUAUCAUUGUUCCAUGUGCAAACAAACACAAAAUGGCAAGCUCCAAGAUGCUGCUGAUCAAUCCUAUCUUAUCAUAACAUGAGGUCUUUUUUUUUGUUUGAGAACUGAGAAUAUGAGUAAACUAAAGGACAUUUUUUUUGGUUUUUUGAGAACAAAAGGAUGCGAGUGAUUUGCUUCUGGGCCCAGUGCGUUUUAGAGCCCAGAACUCUCAAUUGUUUCCUCUCAAAGUGAUUUGCUUCUGGGCACAAAGUGACGUGCUUCCAUUUCCAUUUGUUUCCUCUCAAUUGCCUCAAAAAACAUUUUGUUUCCUCUCAAACCCUAGGAAAAAACAUUCCCAUUCUCCCCCGAAACACACGCCUACCUCCCCUUCCCUCCCCUCCGCCGCCACCACACCCACACCUGCACAAUUCCACCCAGCCGGCGACCAUGGCGGAGGCCGCGGCAGCAGCAGCGACCAUGGCGGAGGCCGGGGCAGCAGCAGCGACGACCCUCCUCCCCGGCCUCCCAGAUGAGAUCCUGGUAUGGGAGAUCCUCGUCCGCCUCGACCCCAAAUCCAUCCUCCGCAGCCGCGCCGUCCGCCGCGACUGGCGCUGCGCCACCACCAACCACCGAUUCCUCCAGGCCCACCACGCUCGCCAGCCCGCCCUACCCAUCCUCUCCAGCGACGGUUACCGUAACAUCCUCACCUUCGACCACCGGGCCGCCGCAGCGUCCCAGCUCCACACUGUCGCUCGGCUUGCUCUCUCCCAGCCCUUCAAGCUCGAGGCCUCCUGCGAUGGCCUCCUCAUUCUCUCCAAGCAUGAGAUGGCUGGCUCUCGCCCUGGCCUCGGCCCUCGCGCCCUCCUCACCGUCUGCAACCCGGUCACUCGGCAGCAUGCCUCCCUCACGCGGACACUCAAGGACUUCAACAUCUUGGGGAUGUACCCACACCGCCCUACCGGCAAGUACCGGCUGUUACUGCAAGGGACGAGCUUCAUGGACUCGUCUAGUGACCGGACUGGUUGGUAUGUCUUGGAGCUGGGCUCUUAUGAGGCACCCAGGUACAUUGGGUGCUCCAAGGCCAAAUUGCAGUCGGCGAUCUUCCAUGCACCUGUCUGGGUCCGUGAUAGCUUGCAUUGGUACCCAGUGUGUUAUACCCCAGUGGAUGGGGAGACUGCAUUUUUUCAGCUUGAAAGCAAACUAGUAAUUGUAUUUGAUACAAUAGCUGAGUCGUUUCGGCAGAUACGUGCUCCCCUUGCUCCUCGCACCAACUACUCAUGUAUCUUUGAGAUGGAUAACAUGCUUGGUAUCUAUAGCUGUGACAAGGCCCAGAAAAUUGUUGAUAUAUGGGUGCUGCACAACUAUGAAAGUGAGGUUUGGGAAUUAAAGUACCGGGUUGAUUUGACAAUAGCAGAAAUCUGGGGGAAGUUUGAAGGCCUUAAUGGUAAUAGCUAUUGGCAUGUGACCGUUGUUUCAGGUGAUGGUGACGUGCUCUUGCUGGUCAGGUUUGGUCAAUCGGAGAACUGGCUGUUUUAUGUUGACACUGAUGGAAAACUGGUUGCUAGCUUUCAAGACUUAUAUGUUGGUGAAGGUCGGUUCAAACAAACUCUUGUUCGGCAUGAUUUCUUCACAACACUAGAAGGCCAUGCCGUGGAUGCUUCACCUUUCGUCUGACGGAUGUUGGGUGAGAUUCUUAAUAUCCUGAUGAACUGCAAUGUCUAGGAAUUGGAUCAAGUAUGAGCCUACUUAUGUCUUCCUUUUGUGUUGUUGUAUAAGAUGUUAUGAUCAGAAGAGACUGUUAUGUGGUUGCAUGAAAUGCUUGUUUCGAUACCCUUCUGGGAUGAAGUGACAACUGUUUAUGUUGAUGUUAAAAUUACCAUGACAUUUGGAUCUGCUUUUGAAGUAUUUUCCAACUGAUCUCCCGCA